UCCAGACACAAGCGAAAGAAGUGAUGGGAUUUUGACAACAAAGCGUGCGCGUCACAACUCAUUAAAAGCUUCGAUUCCUGAAGCGUUUUCACGUCUGAUAUCUUUUUAUUACGCCUGGCAUGUCCCAACUGCACCAAGAGGCCUUGCGGAAGCAGGUUGUAGUCGAUAAGAAGUACAACUCAGAGUAUGCAUGGGUGACAACUCCAGACAUGUUGUCAAACGCAACUCCCAGCGGUGACCAAAGCUUGCCUCACACAGCCAGAAGUAGAAAUGAUAGUUAUAAUACACAACGAUCAAGUGCAUGUAGACCUGAAAGCAAGCAACAAGCAGUAGUGGACCCAUACUUGCUGGCAUUGACCAAGGAAACACGGGCUAGAACAAGGCACAGGUUUUCAUCCAUAGAUUAUCAGAUGCAGUGGUAAAGAAGAGUGAGAGGAGGACAAGGUCCCCGCCCACCUCAUGUUGCACACUUGCAGAAUAUUGCACAAAAAUCCUAGGGCAUCAUUUAAAUAUGUCCUGUUAGUAGAAUAUGGUAAACAAGCAAAAUAUGUAUAAAACUUUGAAGUAUGGUUGUAAGAUGGAUUCAAUUUGGAAUCAAUAGUCAGAUUAAAUAAUGGUCUUAUUGCUGGUAA